AUGGGCCAUCUUCGCGUCUACACCAUCUCCGACGUGAUCGCUCGCUAUCGAAGAAUGCGAGGUUACGAUGUGCUGCACCCGACAGGAUGGGACGCUUUUGGGCUUCCGGCGGAGAAUGCUGCAAUCGAGCGCGGUAUUGACCCGGCGGUUUGGACGGAUGAAAACAUUGCGAAGAUGAAACAGCAACUCAAGAGCAUGAAUACAAGUUUUGACUGGGAUGCUGAAAUAUCAACUUGCUCGCCGUCGUUCUACAAGCACACUCAAGACAUUUUCCUCAGGUUAUAUCAUCGUGGGUUGGCCUACCAGGCGGAAGCGUUGGUCAAUUAUGAUCCUGUCGACAAAACAGUCCUCGCCAAUGAGCAGGUGGACCACAAUGGACGUUCUUGGAGAUCAGGGGCCAUGGUUCAGCAGAUCAAACUCCGCCAGUGGUUCUUCAAGCUCACUGAGUUCAAGGAGGACUUGCUACGAGACUUGCAAUAUCUCUCGGAUGGCGGGAAAUGGCCUGAAAGAGUCGUAACUCAGCAGCGGAAUUGGAUAGGCCGCUCGACAGGCGCACGCAUCCAGUUUGGCUUGAGAGACGACACGGGGAAAUCUUCCCAUAUCCAUGUCUUCACUACCCGUCCGGAUACGCUCUUUGGAGUGAAAUAUGUCGCACUCUCGAUGACACAUCCCCUUGUGGUCCAGGCCGCGGCUCAGUCGCCUGAACUGCAAAUAUUCCUUGACAGACGAGCUUCCUUCCCGCCAGACUCCAAAGAAGGCUUCGAGCUGCCACUUUACGCCUUCAACCCCCUUUCCGAGAUUGGAGAUUUGAAGGCUGAGCCCUUGCCAGUAUUUGCGGCUCCAUAUGUGCUGGAGGACUAUGGAGAAGGCGCCGUGAUGGGCGUUCCGGCUCACGACUCUCGUGAUCUCAGCUUCUGGAAACUCCACAGGCCCUCGGAUCCUGUCGACAUUGCGAUCUCGCCAGAGCCACGGGGUGAUGGAGCCACCCGUGCGGUCCCGGCUGAGGUGCCAGAAGCUUACACGAAUGAUGGCUGGCUAACCUCUUUAUGUGGGCCUUAUACUGGUCUGUCCAGCAGUGAGGCCAGAACAGAGAUCAUCUCUAGCCUGAAGAAACACGGCUUUGCGGAAGCGGUCGAAACUUGGAGACUGCGCGACUGGUAA